AAAGGUGGACACUCACAUACACGCCGCCUCCUGCAUGAAUCAGAAACAUUUGCUGCGUUUCAUUAAGAAGACGUUGAAAAAUAACGCCGAUGAAAUUGUGACAAUCACCAAAGGUCAACCAAUGUCACUGAAAGAUGUGUUCCAGUCAAUGAAUCUAACCACCUAUGAUCUAACUGUGGAUAUGUUGGAUGUGCAUGCGGACCGAAACACAUUCCAUCGUUUCGACAAAUUCAAUUCCAAAUACAAUCCGAUCGGUGAGUCGCGUUUGCGCGAGGUCUUCCUCAAGACGGACAACUAUUCGAAUGGCAAAUAUUUUGCACAAAUUAUUAAGGAAGUUGCCUUCGAUUUG